GUCACGUUGCAGAUCAACGUGACUGAAGUUCUCGACGGCCCGACCGAACUGAAUGAGAAGCGAGCAAAACACAGAAUGUGUGUCAGGCAGGGGGCUUUGACCUACUUACCACAUAAACAGCACAGCGCUGCGAGCUGUGACAUCAAGAUGUGAACGUAUUUUUGUUUUACACAGAGACUUGGAUCUUCGUCUGCUUAGCAAUGCAAAGAAUACACAUAUAUGUGAUUUGAAUCAAUUCAGUCGUCUAGAUUCGUGGGAGUGUAAAUAAGUGCCUACAUUUGAGACACGAAGUCCUCGUAUCGCACUGUACUGAACUAUUGUUGGGUCGGUGGGUCGUGCUUGCCAUCAUAUAAAAAACAACUAAUUGCAUAUGAGCUUGUAAGCUCCACUGGUUGUGCUGUGUUUAUCGGUGGGAUUGUUGUUAGGAACUACAACACUUAUCGCUUUACAUUUGGAUCAUUUUUGAAUUGACCUCGAAUGGAACAUGACCAUGUCACCGGUUGAGUGUGAUAUUGGGCUGCUGAAAGGACGGGAUGAGGACAUUAAACCUCAUGCCGUAAAGCUCCGUCGCAACUUGUUUGGCCCUGUGGACCAUGAGCAGUUGCAGCAGGAUUUUAAGAAUCUCUUCUGCAUGAGCUUGGAGAUUGCCAAGCAGCGCUGGAACUUUGACUUCCAGAGGGACAAACCGGCCCCUGGCUCCGCUGAGUGGGAGGAGCUAUGGUGCCAAGACGUGCCAGUGUUCUACCACAGCUGUGUGGUGAAGCCUGCUAUGGCAAGGCAAAGAGUGGACACAACUACUGGAGGAGGAGCCUUCGCUUGUUCAACCUUAUCCAUGGCCACACAGAAAUACCGGGAGCUGCAGAGCAGAGGACCAUUGAGAGGGGUCAAACCAGAGAAGAGGAUGACUGUAUUGCUGGGAGUCAAACGCAAACAAGCAAACAUUACAGACUUUUUCAGAGUGACAAAGAGAAGGUUUCUGCAUCACAAAACUUCAUCAUGAAGAGAAAACUUGUUGCUUUGUUGGACCUUUUUUGUAAUUUAUAUAAAUAUAUAAAUGUACAUAAAAUAUCUGCACAUUUAGUUCUUCUAACAGAGGCUUGUUGUCUUACAAGAUUAUAUUCUCAAAUUCUAAACAUAAAUACAGGUGUGUGUGUGUGUGUGUGUGUGUGUGUGUGUGUGUGUGUGUGUGUGUGUGUGUGUGUGUGUGUGUGUGUGUGUGUGUGUGAGCGUGUAUUUAUCACUUUGUGGGGACCAAAUGUCCCCAUAAGGAUAGUAAAACCCGAAAUGUUUGACCUUGUGGGGACAUUUUGUCGGUCCCCAUGAGGAAAACAGCUUAUAAAUCAUACUAAAUUAUGUUUUUUGAAAAUGUAAAAAUGCAGAAAGUUUUCAGUGAGGGUUAGGUUUAGAGGUAGGGUUAGGUUUAGGGGAUAGAAUAUAAAGUUUGUACAGUAUAAAAACCAUUAUGUCUAUGGAAAGUCCCCAUAAAACAUGGAAACACAACGUGUGUGUGUGUGUGUGUGUGUGUGUGUGUGUGUGUGUGUGUGUGUGUGUGUGUGUGUGUGUAGCGGUUAGCGUGCUGUGCUACGAACCUGCCGACCUGAGUUUGAUUCCCGCUCAUGACCAACACCAGUGACGAUUGUCUGAACCGGUCCCGGGCCUCCCCUAGGUUGACUCAGCCUAAAAUGAGUACCUGGUGUGGUGUGUAAAACAUCGCCACUGGGGAGGUGGUUGGGUGUGGUGCUGGCCACCCACCCCCUUGUGUACCAUCGUGGCCUUCAUAGGUGCUUAACACUUGCCCCUACAGUCAGUCUGUUACGUGUGUGUGUAAUGCGUUACCUAUAAAAAGUACUUGCCCCUUUGUAAUUUUUCAGAUUUUAUUGUUGCAACAUGGAACAAUGUUUAACUGGGAUUCUUUUUUUCUUUCUUUCAUUUUUCAUAGCUCAUCAACAUUUAUAAAAAAAAUAAAUAAGGUCAAAGAGAAAUCAGAUGCAAUACUUAAGUGAUAAAAAAAUGAAAUUGAGUGCAUUGAAUAAUAAAAGCAAUUUGAUAAGAAUUGACUCGCUAAAUCAACUAAAUAAUUUUUUUAUUAAUUCCAAGAGGAACUAAUAAAUUAUAAUUAUUCUGUUCCAUGUUGUUACACAAUACAGUUUAAAAAUGUUUGGAAUGCACCUUGUGCAUAUUAACAGUCCAUUUCUUUGCUGGGCACUGAAUAUAUUUAAAUGUAUCAAAUACUGUGAACUUUUACAAAACUUCACUAUAAAAAGACUAUUUGAAUUGAAUGAUAAUGACAUGAAGAUUGCAAUGCUCAGACUUUAAAUGCAGAAUAUAAUUAAUCAUAUCAUUACUUUAUUCCAUUUAUUACUUUAUACUUUUUAUUAUUUGUAUGUGUUUUACAGUUUUUGCAGGGUGUUACAAGGUUACAAAAUGCCUUAUUAUUGUAAAAAAAAAAACAAAGAAGAAGAAGAAAAAUAUUUCAAGAACCUGAGCAGUUACAACAAUUUAGCACUGUCCAUUUUAAUUCGUUUUUUGUAUGAAAAUGACCCUGUAGUUACAGAUUAACUAGCAAGAGCUAAUUAAACAUUUCCAGUAUUUCAGUACAAAUUUUCAUAAAUGUUUAUUAACGUUGAUUGAAAAAAACCGGUGCAGCUUCUUUUGAAUGUUUUUUGAGUACAAUUGAAUUCUAAUUUAAUGUAAUUUGCACACCUGUUGUAAACUUUAAUAAUAUACAAGACCUUGAUAAUACUUUACAAUAAGGUUCUCUAUGUUAUCAUUAACACAAGGUAUCAUGAACACACAAUGAAUAAGAAUAUUUACAGCAUUUAUUAAUAUUGGUUAUGUUAACGCUAUACUAUUAUUCACUGUUCAUGUUAGUUCAUAAUGCAUUAGCUAAUGUUCAAAUGUGUUAGAAUAUAGAAAUGACCAUUAACCAAGAUUAUUAAAUGCUAUAAAAAUAUUAUAAACAUGCAAAAAAACAUUGUUAACCUGUUAAAUAAUUUGUUAAUGUUAGCAUAUACAAACUUAUUGUAAAGUGUUACAGAGAGACCUUUCUAUUUGCCUUUAACAUUUGAUUACCUGUUUUGUCUGCGUGUACUGUAGGUAACGGGCAUUUUAUGAACCUUACAAUACUUUUUCUUUUUUCAUCUGAUGUUUUAUUUAGUUGUAAGAGUGUGUGGUAUACUUCAUUGCAUAUGUCUGUGAAUAUGUGUUGAAUUUGCUAUACAUUUGACAUUGGUUAACUGCAUUAUCUGCCUCUUUCUUAUCUAAAAAUGUACUUGUUCACAAUAAAUACAACUGCUUAAGGCUUUUGUACAAAUUUUGAGAAGAUGCCAGUUUAAUGAACCCACUGAAUAGAACGAGUCCCAUACGUUCAACUGCAGACAUUAGUCGAAUUCAUCAUUAAAUUGUUGCAUUCAUAGAUGCGUUCGUCACUUACACACUAGACUUUCAAAAAUGUUUCUUGUGCAGAUCAUAUCUUUUCAUCUUAAUAAAAUGUACAAAUACCCAUGAAAUUUGUGCUCUAC